UUUCGCUAUUUUCGGUGAUUUCGUACAUUUUUGAGUUUAAUUUCAUUCUUUAGUUGUUUUAUUCGGUUUAUCGGGCUCCAUUUGUCGCGAAUUGAUCGAUAUUUUCAAAUACUUCCCGUUACUAAUAAUUCUGUAUUGUGGGAAAGUUUUCAACUCCUGCAGUUCCAUUCCAUAUAAGCAAAGCUCUCCGCGUCUCUCGAGAUUUCUUACUCCAGUACUCCACGAAGCGAAGUAAUUUGGCAGAAAACGUCGCAUCAAGUAGUACCGUUACUCUGAAGAAAUCUACACUGCUGACGAUCUCUCGCUUGGCAAUUUCAUUCAUUAUGUUCGGAUCAACAGCUUACUCAUUCAAAACUGAUUAUGGAAGCAGAUCUACAUACGUAUACGUGAAUGCAGUCAUCUUGAUCAAACACAUACCUAAUGGCUAAUUGAUCGUCGAUACACCAGCAAUACCUAUUCUACGAAGAGACAUAUUAUAAGUAUCUGGAUAGGUACCCAAUAACAAUGGAAAUCGCAAAAGAAAUGUUAUGCUUAUGCUGCAGAUCUUCCACUAUGAUAUGUUCGAGCUUACGUGAUAAUGAGAUUCCCCACGUGUGUCGAAUGAGUUCCUAUUCACUAUUGCAAGUAUCCGCGUGCAUAUUUCUCUUCGUAAUCCUACCAACAACGACGAUUUUAUCAUUCAGUGCUUCGUGUUUCGAAAAUGAUUCGGUCGAUUGAGAGGUAUUAUUUUGUUGAUGAAAAUCGCAUCAUCGUUUGAUCAUCGUUUUGAUUACCCGCUAUUCGUGUUCGUGUACCUGUAAUUAUUCAAAUUGCAGCUAGAAAUCAUGACCGAUAGCGUGUUUAGUUCUCCCGCUCGAAGCUGGAGAGAUAUUAAAACGAUCAAUUCGCUAUCGGAUUCGGAAAGCGAAUCGAGUCCUUGGGAAUGUAUGUCCUCGGAGACACGUGUUACCGCAGAUAUUACCAUCAUUUCCGGUUGGCUGAAGUUCCGAGAUCAGAAAAAGUGGAAAUUACGUUGGGGAGUUGUGACGAAAUUGUCGCCGGCUGCUGAUUGUCUUCACUUGCAGUUGUAUCGUGACAGUCGUGACCGAUACAAGCAAGGUUUGACCAAAGCUUCGCUAUCGCUGCAGCAUUUCCUCGGCUUGGAAACAGGGUUCACAUUGGAUAAGGAAUCGAAUACGGUGGCGAUCAUCUGUCACGAUUUGACCGUUGUGUUGGCAUUUGAUACGAGAGAACGUCUCAUCCAGUGGCAAGUCAAGAUUUACACGCAUUUAGGAGAAGAUGAACAGUACUUAAUCCAGAUAUCGUCUAGUCCGCCGAAGGCAAAAUUGAGCGCUGGUCCGGCCAAAUUACACAUUCAAGAACAUCGAUUCUGUUUAACAAUAGGAGUGCCUCCGAAAUUAGUCGGCAAUUGGGAAAUCAAACAUUUACGACGUUUUGGCGUUGUGGAUGGAAGGUUCUGCUUCGAAGGCGGUUCACUAUGCGGUCGCGGAGAAGGACUUUACGUGUUUCUAACCGAUCAAGCCGAAGAGAUCACUCAUCACGUACAGCUGGCAGCCGACGGCAAAUUGAAAACUUGUAAAAGGCCUUUGCUCAAGAAUCUAACAGUUGCCGAAUGCGAAAGUCCUCGCAAAAGUUUAACGCUGAAGAAUGAAUCUCAUCGAAUGACGUCGGAGAUGGUCAACGAGAACAUCAACGAUGGAAGCGUAAUUGGAGUCGGUGAUCACGAUGUCCGAAGGUGGCCCUCUAUCGACACGCAAGUAGAUCGUUAUGGGCAUGCUGAUACUUCUUCGCUGGCCGAUUUCCCGAUCGAUUCGCAAAAUGGAAAGGUUUGCAAUUGGGGACUGGAAAAUCAGCUAAUGGGACGAUGCGUCAGUUGUGUGGGUAAAUUGGGUCUGAUAUCGAGAUGUUCGACUGCAGCCAAUACUCCAGGUUCGAUGAAUUUCAAUCCUUGGUCCAACGACGAUUCUAAACUAUACGGAAUGCGAGAAGAAGAGCUAGCCGACGAAUUAAACUGCCGAUGUAACACGUCGUACGCUGCGUCCGUGUCGCAUAAAAGCAAAUACAGCGAUCGAUCAUCGAGCGGCGGACGUACCGAAUACUCGGAAGACCAUUCGUGUUGUUCGCAUUCGCACUCGUCCAUGGAAAAUAUAUCGAAAAACUCGACUUGCCUGGCACCUCACUCUUCUCCGCCGCCCAAGAAUUUCGCAUUUUCCAACGCCACACUUCCGUGCAACGCUCCUAGACGUCCACCAAAGCCGCAAAAGUACCGAAAUUUGGUGCCUCACGAAAAGAAGAUUAAUAAAGCCCCGAUGCCUUUGCCAAAUGAUGUCGAUAAUGAUGAGAAUGUCAAGCCUCAAACGUGCAAAGAUCACGAUUACGAUUACGAUUCGCCUCCGAAGAAUCAGAAUGAAAUUACUCAUAAUUUAUGUAAACAAAAUACGUGUCCAAAUGCUAGUCAAUUUUACGAUACGCCUAGAAAUAUUAAACGAGCUGUCAACGAGUCGUAUUCGAAUUACGAUGUACCUCCUUCGGUCAUUCAUCACGUAUACGACGAUUGCUUAUGUGCUGCUAAAACGAGAUUGUCGAUGCUAGGCGAUGAUGGGAGCUUUCACGACAAAUGUUUAUGCGGUGAACUUCUGAGAUGUCCACCCGUUUGGUUUCAAUUACCAGUUCAUCAUUAUCAAUGUAAAAAUCAUUGGCCUAACGUUAAACCGGGAGAAAAAAUCGGAUCGAUGGGCGCGAACAAUGCUCCAGUUUACGCUCAAGUCGACUUGUCGAAAAAGCUGAAAAAUAGACUUACCAAAGAAGCGGCAGCAGCAGCUGCCGGAGUGGCAGUCGUGCCGCCCCAUAAUUGUGAAAACGGCGCCGGAGACGACAACAGUUGCUACGAAAGUAUUCGCUUCGACGGCGAAGCGGUGAAUUACGACAGAUUAGCCAACUUGAAUUACAUGAAUUUAGAAUUCACCAACUCGUUCAGAUACUACGAAAACGUUGGCGAAUUGAUGAAAAAUACGACCAACGAUUCGAGUCGCAUCGAAAGUCUCAACAUAGAUUUGCCGGCGAAUUCGUCGUCGACAGUCGGAGCGUGUUGCCGAACAGAUGCGUGCCGCCGAUGCGAACAGUCGCGCGUCUCCUCUGGUCGCCCGAGAAACGCCGCCGUCGAGCGUACCGCCGCGGCGCUCGAGACCAAUUUCGAAAACUACGUUCCGAUGUCGCCGCUCAAAUCGGCGGCUGCUAGACAUUUGGCGGCAGCGGAUGUUAGUGGUGGUGGUGGCCAAAACCUGGCGGUUGAGACAUUAUCGUUGGAUCGACGAAUCGCUUCGGGUAAAGUAACUCCGAUGAUGAUGAUGAUGAAGAUGAUGAUGAUGAUCACCACCACUACGACAACGACUACGUACGCGGCGGUCGCAACCGCAACAGCCGCGACCGCUAACAGUACGACGACGACUACUACGACCGCAUCGACGACUGCUUCUUCGGCUGCGGCUAUCGCUAUUGCGGCGACGACGGCGUCGCCGGCAUCGGCAUCUAAUGAAAAAUACUCGACGCUAAAAGCGACCGGCGUUAGCGCGUUGAACGGAGGCAGAACCGGCGCUAUUAUGGACGCUCGUAAACGGAGCAAUUCGCUAGAAUGCAGCUCGCCGAGCGACGGUCCGAGUUGCAGACACGCGCACGCGCCGCCGGCCAACGUUUCGUUGGGUGACUCGGAUUCAGGUCUCGAAAGCGAUAAACCGAGUCAAGAGAACGACGACACGGUCGACAAUCUCAGACGACGAAAAGGUAACCAAUUGCUAGGUCUGAGACGAUUCGCCAGUAACGGUUACAAGGCGGCCAACGCCAAUCGAGACUCGUCCAGUUCCAACGAUUCGGGAUUUUCCAGCGCCUCGUUCAAGUACUCGGAUUUCGAAAUGCCUCUCACUACGGCCACGUCUGCCGAAAGGCAUCAUUCGUUCAAUCAGCACUGUCGCAAGAACGGAUGCACCGUACCUCGAAGAUCCAAAUCCUCCGAUCCGUUGAGAGAUUUAACGUUUCAUUUUCACAAGGACGUCGCUUCGGCUGCCAAAUCGUCUUCGGCAGAGGCCGAGUUGCCGUUAUGUUUGAAUAGACGAGAUCGCUGUAAAGAUUGCCCGAGUCCGGCCGAUACCACCAUAUCUACUCCGUACGUGGAUUGUCGAAGUACCAGCAGCGGAACUUCCGAUAUGAGCGAUUAUAUCGAAACGCUAUCGCUUUCUUCGCACAGUUCGGCCGACGUACAUUCUAGCGAAGCUGUCAAGUUGCACCAGUCGGUUGUAACGACCCUGAAGCCGAGGUCCGGAGUCGAAUACCAAAAAAUCGACAGAUCCUCAUUGCUCAAUGCCCAGUCCAAUGUUAAUCCGUGAUCAUUGUAGCUUUUGUGUUGUUCGGAUGAAUUGAAUUUGGAGGCGUUUCAUCGAUUUUUGAAUCGAAACAGGUCGUUGCCAUUUUAAUUUUCAUGAACCUAAUAAGAGAAGUAGGAAGAAAAUCGAGUCAUCGGAAUACGUAUUGCUGAUCUCAUUUUUAACUACAUCGAAUUCCGCCUUUAUUUCGUGUCAUAUGUUUAAUUGUUUAUUAUUUUAUUACCAUUGAUUAUACGUAUUUUGUACUGAUCUAUUAUUAAUUAUUCGUUAAGAUGGUACAAAUGUAGGUAUCCGUUUGCAUCUGUCUCAUUUAUACAUUUACAUAACGAAUAAAUAAUAUUUAAAGUA